AUGAUAACUAAGAACGGCACAACAGCGAUGACAACAACGAAGGAGACGGUCACCGAAGAGAAGAAGCAACUUCAAAAUAGUUCACUGCUUCCUGAAGACAAAGAAAAUGAAGAGGAUGAGAUUACAUUGGAAGAUUUGGCUCCCGAUGGUGGCUGGGGCUGGAUGGUGAUGUUCGCCAUGAUAUUAGUAUUCGUUACAGCGUUUGGGCCAUCUUCGUCCUUUGCAAUUGUAUAUGGCGACUUCCUGGAAGCGACUGGUCAGGCUGGUACCGCCAUGACGCUGUUUAAUUCCAUUUUUAUGAUUACAUACUCCAUUGCUGGUUUAAUGACCAACAUGUUGCUGAAGAGGUGUACUAUGAGGACGGUAGGUGUUUUCGGUGCUGCCCUUUUCUCGAUAUUGAACAUCGCUAUGGCUUUCGUGACAAACUUCUACGAAAUGGCAUUUCUGAAUUUAUUUCAAGGAGUCGGUCUCGGCUUAAUCGUCACGAUAUGUAACACGAAUUUCAACGCUUACUUCGUGAAGAAACGAGCACCAGUAAUGAGCGCGGCCCAAGUUAUCAUUGGCUUAGGUGGUAUCGUGUAUCCAAUAGUCAUCGAGAAAUUAAUGAAAAUAUACGGAUUUCGCGGUACCGCAUUAAUAAUAGGGGCCAUGAGCACAAAUUGCAUCGUUGGAAUGACGAUGAUGCAUCCAGUCGAGUGGCAUACAAGAAAACCGGAAGAUGUUCGAGCGGAAAGAGCACGCGAGAGGGAAGAACGGAAAUUGUGUGGAAUAACAUCAACGAAUCGCCGUUCCAUCGACAUUGCCCAUUUCGCUAUGCCCACGAAAACACGAUGGAGUAGCUUGACGAGUCUGAAGGGCGAUGGCGGAAAACAAAUUCCGCUUUUAAUAGAAACAUUAAAAGAGCCUGCAAAAAGAGUGGCUUCGAUUUCGGAGCUCGAGGGUAAGAUUUAUUGCAAAAAGAAGUCAGGGUCGAUGCGUGAACUGUUGACGAGGCGAAUAUCGACGCUUUCGUCAUCUAGUGUGACGAACUUGGUGACAAGCAUUGGAGUCCCCGGAGACAUAAAGCAUUUUGAGAAAAAUAAGGAGAAGAAAAAUGAGAAAGGAGUCCAAGUUUCCAUUGGAGACGAAAAUAUCGAGAAAGGUGCAUUUAAAGAAAUCUUGGACGAUCUACUGGAAAUGUCAUUGUUGAAGAACUGUUGUUUCUUAAACAUGUGUCUGGGCCUGAGUUUCAUGUUUUCGAGCGACUUCACGUUCUCUUGCCUUCUACCGUUGAUAAUGACGAAUUCUGGCUUCUCGAAAAGUCAGGCUUCCUUAGCAGUUACGAUUAGCGCCUCCGCGGAACUGGCGUCCAAGAUUCUGCUCGCGAUUUUCACUUUAGUAGUGGAUGUAAAAUCGAGGUACAUAUUCUUCGCAGCUAUGAUUGCCAUGGCGUUUGCAAAACUUGGUUACUUGUUCUACAGCAGUACGUUAAGUGGUGCAUUUAUCAUGAUAGCAGUGAUCGGAGUAGUUAGAUCAUGGUUGUUAGUUCCUCAGCCAUUGGUAGUGAUAGAAGACAUCAGUAUUGAAAAGUUCGCGUCUGCGUAUGGAAUUUAUGGCGCCAUUAGCGGUGUCAUUUCUAUUCUAUUUGGCCCAAUUGUUGGGCUGCUGAAAGACUGGACCAACAGUUUCGUGGUCUGCCAGCUUGCGCUUAUAGCAAUGAACGUCCUGUUCGUUAUUCCGUGGGCAAUACAGUUCCUUUCAGUGGACUUACCAAAGAGGAGGAAGGAACAAGCGGACAAAGUGGCUGCCGAAACUUCCGGUCUCUCGGCGAAUUGAUGAUGCAAAUGAAGACAUACAGCGAAA